AAAUAUCUCAAAAUUAUAUUGGGCAGCCUCAAAAUUUGCAGUCUUCAAAUUUGCUAAGAUAAUACGAGAAGAAGCAUAUUGGUUUCAUGGAUGAAGGCAUCCCUUCACUCAAUCAAGUAGGACCACAUGGAAGAGCAUGGAGCAUGCCAAGUGAGUCUAUUAUGGUUCAUAACCAUAACCAUUUGAUUCAUGGAAACUAUUUGGGCCAACACUUUCACCCAAUGCCUUAUAUACAAGCACCCUAUAUAAAUGGAAGUUCAUUAGAGAGUGCUAGCAUGGGUUUUCAGCAUGACAUAGUUGGCAACAGAAAUGGCCUCAUGCUUCUUCAUCCUCCUCCUUUCAUCCAACAACAUCAACAUUAUCAAUAUCAUCAUCCAACACUUGCAAUGCAAAGAGUUCUACCAAAUCCUCCAUGCAGUAUCGCGAUUCCUCUACAAAUAGCCUUUCAGAUUUAUCAGGCCGACAGAUUCAUGCCCGCGAUAAUAAGACAUCAUGUUUUAUAUUCCCUUGGCUUUGUCCUAGUUUAUGACUAUAUUUUACUUGGUCAAGUGCAAAAUCCGGUUGACCAUCAUCAAGAUAUGCGAUUGAACAUUGAGGGAAUGUCUUACGAGGAACUUCUUGCAUUGGGGGAGAGGAUUGGCAAUGCAAGCACUGCUUUAUUAGAGGAAACAAUUAAAACUAAGGUGAAGACUAAAUUAUAUUCACCGUGCCCUACUACCAUGAAUUUGGAGGAGGUAGCUUCUCACGAUCAAGAAAUUGAUGUUUGCAUAAUAUGUCAGGAGGAAUUUAAGAAUAAAGAGAAGAUUGGAAUUCUUCGAUGUGGGCAUGAAUAUCAUCUCGAUUGCAUAACAAAAUGGCUUGUUGUAAAAAAUGUAUGUCCUCUAUGCAAGUCAGAAGCUUUGCCUCUUCCAAAGAAGGAAUAGGACCCAUGAAUUCAAUCUUUAUGCAUAUCCAUACUUCUUGGAUAGAUUGGUAUUUGUAUAUAAUAUAAUGUAAUUGCUCAACACCAUAACUUAGUAUCUACCAACUUGUACAUAUAUAUAAUUUGUUAUGUUGGAUGUAUUUUACUUCAGGUAAUUAUUAUAUUGCUACU